UGUGCAAUAUGCAUGGAUGAUUAUAAGAAACGAGAAAAGAUUCGGGAAUUACCUUGUUCUCAUGGUUUUCAUGCACGUUGUGUUGAUAAAUGGCUGCGGCAACACAAUUCGUGUCCAAUUUGUCGAGAAAAUAUCAAUCCUACUGUGUAG